CCCCGGCUGAGGCAAGAGGUGGCUGGGGGGGACCAUGGCUGACGUUUUCCCGGCCAACGACUCCACGGCGUCUCAGGACGUGGCCAACCGCUUCGCCCGCAAAGGGGCGCUGAGACAGAAGAACGUGCACGAGGUGAAGGACCACAGGUUCAUCGCGCGCUUCUUCAAGCAGCCCACCUUCUGCAGCCACUGCACCGACUUCAUCUGGGGGUUUGGGAAACAAGGCUUCCAGUGCCAAGUUUGCUGUUUUGUGGUUCACAAGAGGUGCCAUGAAUUUGUUACUUUUUCCUGUCCAGGUGCGGACAAGGGACCUGACACCGAUGUGAGUAGUCUGGAAACCAUUAUUUGA